CUUCGAUACUAUCUUCUGACUGCCCGACAAGUCAAUUAUCCUCCAAAGAAUAUCCAUCUCAUCUAUUUGCCGACGUAAAGAUGACAGGAAAUGUCUGCGGUGUCUGCAACACAGAGCCAAAGAAGUACAAAUGCCCGACAUGCGCAUUGCCAUACUGCUCGCUAUCAUGUUUCAAAACUCAUAAAACCACACACCCUACCACAGCCCCAUCACCCGCCGAGCCCACCGAGCCCUCGCUUCCCCAACCACCACCACCCGCCCCAACGCCGCGCUACCUGAAGAAGAAAACCGACUUCUCCGUCCUCGCCACAAACCCCAAAUUCCAAGCCCUCCUCAAGACCCACCCCGACCUCCUCUCGUCGCUGCAACGCGUGUAUGCCAAGACAAUCGAGCCGGACCCCGAGGACGAAGCGCGGCGACACAGGCUCGAAAGACAAGCGUUCAGGGGACGUGGGAGCAGGGGGCGAGGGAGAGGCGGAAGAGGAGGACGAUGGAAUAGUCAGGAUGAAGAGCCUAGGAGGUGGACGCCGAAAAAGGGUGAUGCGGAUGCGAUGAGGUUGCUCAAGGGGAUUAGGGAGGGCAAGGGAAGGGAAAAGGAGAAAGAAGCCAUGGCGGAGUUUGUGAGCUUGGUUGAGGAGGUCUGUGGGAGGAGUGACGAUAAGGAGGGCGAUGGGGUUUGAAGGAAAGGCAGAGGUUCGAAUAUCUGAAGGAGUAUCACCAUGCAGAGACCGUUGAGUGUGCAAGCACUCACGAAAAGCUCGUGGUCGUCAAUUCUUGGUUACACAGGGGUAAUCACAACUGCUGGUACGAUGGCUAAGCGGGCUACUAGAAGGAAAGGAGAUAGCCAAGAACACGAGUCUGGGAUGAAGAUGAAGGAUUAGAAAUGUUAAUUCGCCAAGGGCCCUCUGGACUACCACCUGGAAACGAAAGCUUGUAGCGAACCGCGAUCCCAAAUGUCUACCGGUCAUAUAACUUAGAUGUAAGAUAUCCUUGUCAAGCGUCAUGCAUCGAUCUAAAAGUCUGGAACGGCGG